AUGCUUCGUAACAAGUCACAAGGACUUAACAUGCAUGUUAGCGAUUUCAUCUGUCAGUCAAUUGGACGUCUCAAACUUUCAGGGUACGAACGUUACAUAAACGGCCUGCUUCCUGAUGAUUCGGAUCUUAAACUUAAACAUACCGAAGCCUGUGUUAUUAUUUAUCCAGGUUCAAAUCGGGAUGGUUGGUGGACGUGCAAUGAUCUUAUUAAUCAACUAACUGAACGUGCUAUACCAAUAUUUGAACGAACGCACCCUAAUAAAAUAGCACUGUUUAUGUUUGAUAAUAGUAGUAAUCAUGGUGCGUUUGCUGAUGAUGCUUUAUUGGUUUCACGGAUAAACAUGGGUGAUGGUACUAAAAUGCCACUUCUUCGUGAUGGUACCAAGCCGGAUGGUUCUACACACGUGAUGACAUAUAUCGACGACAAAGGUCUUAUAAAACGGUGUAAUGCAUGCAAAAAAAAUAAGCCUGACCCGAAAAAUCCAAAAUGUUGUGCCACGCGUAUUCUUUCUGCUCAAUCCGAUUUUGCAUCACAACGAUCACGUAUACAAGAGGUAAUUGAAGCAGCCGGCCACAUGUGCAUCUUUUACCCUAAGUUCCAUUGUGAACUUAACUAUAUUGAAUCUUUUUGGGCUGAAGCAAAACGUGUUGCAAGGCUUAGUUGUGAUUACAGCUUUAGGGGUCUCAAAAGAACUGUUCCAAGAGCAUUAGAUUCCGUUGGUUUAAUAAAGAUUCGUCGCUUUGCUCGUCGUUCUGAACGCUUUAUGAGUGCCUAUAAACUUGGACUUUCCAGAAAGGCUGCUGCCUUUGCGGUAAAGAAAUAUCGUUCUCAUCGUCGAAUUCCGGAAAAAGUUCUUGAAGAAUUCGCACGUGACUAG